CAGGGUGCAUGGAAAGGUUAGAUAUUCUGAUCCAGAACAGCCAGCGGUUUUAAACCAGCUGAAGCACUGAAACAGGAUAGCAUCUUACUUUCAAAUAUUUUGAGCAGAGAAGAUGUCUUGUCAUGGCAGGCCUUAGUAUCACUGCCCAUUUUACUUAAUUCAGAUUAUAUUUAAUAGCAACGAUAAACUUGAUUAUUUGAAAAGAAGAGCACCCAAAGGAAAAUAAACCUAUUUUUUUUUUUGGAUAAAUUUGUAUUUUAUUAUUACGACUAAAACAAGUAUUACCGCACAAAUAUGUUUCUACUUAGCCCCCAUCUCUCGUAUAUCUUGAUCAAAGCCAAUGUCCCUAAAGAAAAAAGAAAAUAAACUUGAGAAAACGCUGUCGUUUAGGUCGAAUACUGUUUGAUAAAUUUAUAUGUCUUGAUCAAAGCCAAUGUCCCUAAACCCAAAGGAGAAUAAACUUCAGAAAAACACUGUCGUUUAGGUGGAAUAAUGUUUGAUAAAUUUAUAAUCCAGAGAAACUCGUAAACACCUCGCUUGACACUGCAAGCAAAAAAAGCAAUGGCGACACUGGUGUCCCUUCAAAACACGGGAAAUUACAUUAGCUUCUCUUCCCACUUAAAAUCUUCAAUAUCUACCAGGCCUUCCGUCGUUGGCAACAAGAAAAUCAAGCUCUGUUUUUCUCAAAACCCCAACAAACUCAACCCUCUAUGCACCUACGCCGUAUCCAAUAACACCAACGGCAACAAACUCAACCUUCUAUGCACCUAUGCCACAUCCAAUAACACCAAUAGCAACAGCUCUACCAGGACUUAUCGCCGCCAAGGUGUGACGACUCACCGCCAGACCACCAAAAAUCGGCCCAACCCUCGUAAAUUCAACACUGAAACUCGAAAGGAAAACCAUCCAUCUCCUGAAAAUCCUGCAUUUCAAAGUAUUGACGUGGAUUUGCCGAAGUUAUGCGAAGAAGGCAAGGUUAAGGAAGCUUUAGAUUAUAUGAGUAAAGGUGUUUUAGCGGAUUAUAAUGUUUUCGUGGCGUUAUUGGAUGCUUGUGGGAAUAUGAAUUCGAAAGAAUUAUCCAAAAGAGUUAAUGAAUUCUUGAGAAGAUCAAAGUUUUCUGGUGAUAUCGAAUUGAACAACAAAUUGAUUGAUGUUUAUGGGAAAUGCGCUAGUCUAAGAGAUGCUCGCAGGGUGUUUGAUAAAAUGCGUGAGCGGAAUAUGGAUUCUUGGAGGUUAAUGAUAAAUGGGUAUGCGGUUAAUGGAAAAGGAGAUGACGGAUUGUUGUUAUUUGAAGAAAUGAGAAAAGGUGAAUUUCAUCCGGAUAACGAGACUUUUCUGACGGUUUUAUCUGCUUGUGCCAGUGUAGGAGCUGUCGAGGAAGGAGUAAUGUACUUUGAGUUGAUGAAGAAUGAAUACAAGAUUGCUCCGAGGAUUGAACAUUAUUUAGGGGUUAUUGAUGUUUUUGGGAGAGCUGGGCAUUUGAAUGAGGCUGUGGAGUUUAUUGAGAAUUUGCCGAUUGAGCCAAGGGUGGAGAUUUGGGAGGCAAUUAGGGAUUUUGCACGAAUUCAUGGAGAUGUUGACCUUGAGGAUCGUGUUGAGGAGUUGUUGCGUGGACUUGAUCCUUCUAUAAGAAGUGAGAAUGAACUCCGAGCGCCACCGAGGAAAAAACUUUCUAUGGUUAACAUGAUUGAGGAGAAGAAUAGAGUGAGUCAGUAUAGGUGUAUGAACCCUUUCAAGGGAGAAGCAAAUAACAAGUUGAAAGGUUUGAAUGGACAGAUGAGGGAAGCAGGCUAUGUGCCUGAUACAAGGUAUGUGCUUCAUGACAUUGAUCAGGAGGCAAAAGAGCAGGCUUUGCAAUACCAUAGUGAGCGUUUGGCGAUUGCUUACGGUCUUAUUAGUACUCCGGCAAGGACACCUCUUAGGAUCAUUAAGAAUCUGAGAAUCUGUGGAGACUGCCACAAUGCAAUCAAAAUCAUGUCUGAGGUUGUUGGGAGAGAGCUGAUAGUGAGGGAUAACAAGCGGUUCCAUCAUUUCAAGGAUGGAAAAUGCUCUUGUGGUGAUUACUGGUAAAACUUUAGAAAACCCUGCCAUUGAUGUUGCAUGUCAUCAAGGAAAAUGUAGUUGCUGACCGGAAUGAAACCUAUAAGCAUUGUGAAAAGUUUCUGUAUUGUACACCAUGCUUGUAUUGAAAUUUAAAUUCUACGGUGACCUGUUGUCAUCAUUGAAAUGGUUAUUCACAUCAAACAACUUUUUUUGCUACUGAAUACUUAAUGUACUUAAAAUUUAGGAAAAUUCUGUGCUAAUUUC